GCAUCAAGCAACAGAGGUCAAAGAGGCGGCAACAAACAAACACAAACAGCGUAACACGACGCAGAGUGGGGGAUAAAUAGCAGGACAGGGCAGUGGCGGUCCAAGUGAGCGAUUUUUCGGCUUGAAAAAGCGCUUUUUCUCUUCGCUUUUUUAUCACGUCCGGGGGAGAUUGUCCCGCUGGACCUGAACGACGAUGCUCGAGGAGACAGGCGGCGACGUCAAGGGACAUUCAUUCACCGGACGCUGCUGGGGCGAGUGCCUAGGCUCGAAAGGCGAGCUGUGUGGCGAAUGUCGAAGGGAGCAGGAACAGGCCGCAGCGCUGGAGAAGCAAGUGGAGUGCUUCGAUUUUGGCGGUCUGGGGCCGCCGCCGCCGUGUCCGACGUUAUGUCGACAGGAGGCGACGGACUUUACAGCAGCGAGAGAGAGGAAACGGGCAGAUUUCUCUGGACAGGGGCUUGGUCAACAGACUCAGCUCAGUGUGUCCAGAGUAAACAGGAGGUUGCCCACGCCAGUCGCGGACCAUUGUUCGUUGAUGAUGUAAGCAGUGAAGAUGUGGAGAGUAGUGGGAGUAUAGUAUUUGGCGAAAGGCUCGGGGAGGAGCAACUGAGUGUUAAGUUAGCGACUGACUGGCGGCUUCCAUGGCAUGAAAUGAAAUAAGCUCGCCAAGCAACUCAAACGUCAUCUUGAUACUACGUAGUAGUAGACAUGGCGGGUGUACAUCGAGAUGC